AUGUCGUUGGUCUCUUCUUCUAUUCGUCUACUGACGAAAGUUCCUCCUGCCGUUCUCGCAACUCAAGCAAGUUAUCAUGAAAAAGUAAUUGACCACUAUGAAAAUCCGCGUAACGUUGGCUCGUUGGAUAAAAAUGACCCAUCUGUUGGUACCGGCAUAGUUGGUGCUCCAGCCUGUGGUGAUGUAAUGAAACUUCAAAUUAAGGUUGACGAGAAUGGGAAAAUCGUUGAUGCCAAGUUCAAAACGUUCGGAUGUGGCUCUGCGAUCGCAUCGAGCAGCUUGGCAACUGAAUGGAUCAAUGGAAAAACGGUCGAUGAUGCUGCUAAGAUUAAAAAUGACCAAAUAGCCAAGGAACUUUGCCUACCACCGGUCAAGCUGCACUGUUCAAGUAAGGGAUCAUUGUAA